UAAACAGCACGUCGUUACCGUUUCGCUUGUUAUCGAAGCUCGCGUGAGCUCCACGUUUCGUAAAUAAUACGCGAUCGACGAGUUUUUAUUCGUCAGCUGUGCGCGUUACUGUGAUUGUUUUUCGUCUUCGAUCUGCCUAUAUCGCCGAAUCGUAUACCCUGUGAACACGUUGUUUUGCCCAGUGAACUCUGUAAUAAACUCCAAGUUUGCACUCGAUUAAUCGGAGCAGUCGUCGAAAUUCGGCGCUCGUUCACUGUGUCAGCUACUGUCAGGCUUGGCAACUACUGCUGCUGCACGCGAAAAAGCAAAGUCUAUACGAACGGAGCGCCAGGAGAAAAGGCCGGGGUGAAGAAGGCUGGAGAAAGGCCACUUGAUGCGCUGAAGAUGCGACGACGCCGAGUGCCGAGCGCAGGGCACCCAGCACUGCCGCCGCUUUCACCAUGGACGACGACGACGACGACUCUAGUCGCAAAGCUCCUACUCGUUCUCGUCCUCAUCCCAGCUUCGACCUCCGCUCUUGGUAACGCCAUCGAGCGAUCGGUCGGACGCUGUCCAGCCUACGACGAGCAGAACGUCUGCCCGGCGCGCUCGGCCAGCUGCAAGAGCGACGCCGACUGCCUGGCCACGGUCGAGCGCUGCUGCUCCACGGCCUGCGGCAAGCGAUGCGUCUCCGGCGAGCUGACGGGCUGCGAGCAGCUGGCCCUGGCGGCGAGUCGUCGCUCCCGGGCUCUCGGGCCCCGCGGGCCGGCCCAGCUGAUUCCUCGCUGCGACAACGCCACCGGCGAGUUCGAGCGGGUCCAGUGCGAUCCCGGCCAGGAGGAGGGCGGCCCUGCCUGCUGGUGCGUCGACGAGUUCGGCGUGGAGGUGGCCGGCACCAGGGCGCCCUCCAGGCAGCGGGUCGACUGCGAUCAUCCGAGGGUGUGCCCGGCGCACACGUGCCGCAUGCUCUGCCCGCUCGGCUUCGAGAUCGAGCCCACAACGGGCUGUCCUCGCUGCGAGUGUCGAGAUCCCUGCCGCGGAGUCGUCUGCCCGGGCGGAGGCUCGCAGACCUGCGAACUGAUCGACGUGCCUUGCGCUCGACCACCCUGUCCACCGGUGCCGUCCUGUCGCAAAGCCAAGUCUCUGGCCAACGUGUGCCCGGCAGGCGAGCCUCUGCAGAUCACCGACUCGCCCAGGCCCUUCCUGUGCGGCGACAGCCCGGGUAAACCGACCUGUCCGCCCCUCUACCGCUGCCUCGUCGAGUACAAUCAGGAGUACGGGGUCUGCUGCCCGGACAGCGUCGAGAUCAAGCGGCCCGGCAACUGUCCCCUGAGCCGUCUGCAGGACUGCGAGGCCAAGACCAGGUGCAAGCACGACCUCGACUGUCCGGAUCCGCAAAAGUGCUGCACCACCGCCAAGUGCGGGGGCGUCUGCAGGACACCGACGGGACUGAGCGCCUGUCACAGAAAUCGCAUGCUCGCCGAGAUGCUGAGCAUAUCCGAGCGCCAGGGACGCGGCUACGUGCCCCAGUGCAACGAAGACGGCGAGUACGAGCCGAGGCAGUGCUCGCAAAACGGCCUGGUCUGCUGGUGCGUCGACCGGACGGGCAAAAAAGUCAGCGGUUCGAUGGGACCAGCCGAAAAAGUCGAUUGCAGCGAUAAAUCUACCGUAACCCCGAGCAGUACUAGCAGCAGCAGCAGCAUUACGACGACUACGAGCCAACAACAGGGUCGAUCCUUGCCCCCGCAAGCCUGUACACUGCAACAAUGUGCUCAAGUCUGUCAAUAUGGAUUUAAGACCGACUCGGCAGGGUGCCCGACUUGCGAGUGCGACGAUCCCUGCGAAGGGUACUCGUGUCCGGCCGGCGAGGAGUGCGUGCUGAAUCGCGAGGAGGGAUGUCCGGACUUUUUGUGCGCCUCGAAACCCGAGUGCCGCCAGCGACGGACCUUCAAGAGUCCCUGCUCGCUGGGCUCGCCGUUGAGCGACGACAAAGGCAACGCCGUGACCUGCGACUCGUCGUCGGCUGCCGGCAAUAAAACUUGUCCCGAGCAGCACGUCUGCGUGCCCGUGCCCGAGGCCGACCAAUCCGUCUGCUGCUCGGCUCCUCAGCCAGAGAUCGAAAAAGUUCCAACGAUGUGCGAGUACCUGCGAGAUUUCGGCGAGCGCAUGGAGGGCACGCGCGAGGGCAUGAGCCUGGCUCUGGAGGCGCCGCAAUGCGACGAGGAGGGCGCCUACAAGCCGUUGCAGUGCCAACCGGGCGCGGGCAAUUGUUCCUGCGUCGACGAGUGGGGCGUCGUGCUGAAGCGAGACGUCGAGGCGCAGUCCGACACCGAUUGCGGCGAGGUGCGCGAUCUGCUCAGCCUCUGCGGCACCUUCAACUGCAACGCCACCUGUCCUUACGGUUUCGAGCUUGACGCCGCUGGAUGUCGUCAAUGUCGCUGUCGCGACCCGUGCCAGGAGGUGAGGUGCGGGCCGAGCGAGGCCUGCAGCUUGGUCGACGUGAACUGCGGCGCGGGUCAGUACUGCCCGUCGGUGCCGGCCUGCCUGGCCACGAAAGCCGGCCAAUGCCCCUAUCUCGUGCCGAGCUCGUCGAGCUGCGAGCUGCAGUGCAGCAACGACCAGGAGUGCUCCGGCGGCGACAAGUGCUGCUCCACCGGUUGCGGCACUCAGUGUAUAUCACCGGUGAUGGCCACGGCCUGUCAGCACGCGCGCACCGUGGCCGAGCACUCGGCCCGCGAGUCCGGCGAGCCCGCGCGGAUGACGUACAUACCGAGGUGCGACCCGGUUCAGGGCCACUUCGAGCCGGUCCAGUGCCACGCGGGCAUGUGCUGGUGCGUCGACGCCGAGGGACGCGAGCAGCAGGGCACGCGAGUCGUCGAGGGUCUGCUGCCGCGCUGCGGAGCCCCCGAGCGCUGCCCCGAGAUCGACUGCCAGCUGCAGUGCCACGACGGUCUGGAGCUCGACACCGCGACCGGAUGCCCGGUCUGCGCCUGCCGAGAUCCCUGCAAGAGCGUCACCUGUCGAGGAGAGAACGAGCAGUGCAGAAUGGUGGAAGUGGCCUGCAGCGCACCACCCUGUCCACCGGUGCCGGUCUGUCUGCCGAAAAAGGACAAUCCGUGCCCCGACGGCUCGCCUCUGCUGGUCGAGGACGGCAGCGUAGCCACGUGCGGUCCGCACGGUCAGAACUGCCCGUCGACGCACAAGUGCGAGCUGUCGCCUCUCGACGAGUACGCGGUCUGCUGCCCGAAACCUCGGGACGUCUGCUUCGAAGCGGUGCGCAAAGUGCCCUGCCCCACGGAGUCGACCACGAUCACCACUACCGCCAGCACUACUGGCCAGAACGUGACGGCCGAGCCCGAGGAGGAGCACUGGUACUUUGACGCCGAGCGCAACGAGUGCCGCAAAAAACGGGACUGUAGCACGACGGGUUACAACGACUUCUCGAGCAAGCUUGUCUGCGACACCGUCUGUCCGGUGCUGUCGCCCUGCGAGAGGCUCAGAGAGAGAAAUCUCAAGACAGCUCAGAAAUACAAGCAGCCGUCCUUUAUGCCGAGGUGUAAUCCGGACACGGGCGCUUGGGAGCCGGUACAAUGCCUGGAACACGUCGGCGUCUGCUGGUGCGUGAACAAGAAGGGCGAGCCGAUCAAGGGCUCGAUGACCCGCGAUCUCGCCGAGCCCAAGUGCAGCUACCGUCAGGCUCGCCGCGGUCGUCUGGGGGGAGACGCCGCCAACUCGGCCACGACGGAGGUCGACACGGAGAUCAAGGCCUACAUGGAGAACGCCUUCGUGGGUCUGGUGUCGGAGGGCCGUGAGAUCAACAAGGUCCUGGUGAGCCGCUGCCAGGCGAUGCACGAGCGGGGCUUUGUGCCGGCCAUGUGCGACAAGUACGGGCGCUUCGAGCCGACCCAGUGCGCGGCCGAGACCUGCUGGUGCGUCGACGAGGCCGGCAACCAGCUCGUGGGCUCCGAGCCCUUCAUCAAGGGCACCAACAUUUGCCUUCCCACCCCGGUGGAGGCCGUCGAGGUAACUCUGCAUUUCCCGGGCAGCUUCCUGCCCGUCGAGGACGAGCCCCUGUUCGCCAAGGAGGCGGUGGACUUUUUGCAGGACCUCGGGGCUCGGCUGAAGGACGGCGUGCAAGUGGAGAUCAGCCAGGAGUCGAUAGUCUUGGCCUUCGAGGUCGUCGGGCCCAACAAGGUCGACAUCGCGUUCCACCUCGAGGAGCUGACGCGCAUGCAGAAGCUCAGCGUGCUCGGCUACUUGGCCGACGCCACGACGUCGCGUUUCACGCAUCGAGUGACGUCGGGCACGGCCUCGAACAGUCGCAUUAUCGCCCUGGAGCAGAGAGAGAUAUUGACGGAAUUGGACGCGCCGAUGUUCCAGACGGCCACGGUCGUAUUGGCGGUCGGCAGUGCUUUCGUUAUCAGCAGUUUGCUCAUUUUGCUGAUGCUUUAUCGCAAAAAGAUGAAACUGAAGAGGAACGUCGAGGCGCUGGAUCAGCGCUUUUUGGCUUACAACAGCCAGCCGGUUUACGUGAUAUCGGGCAUGGAGACGGGCAGCAGCAGUAACGUUAGCACCUGUAGUAAUAGUAGUUGUAGUAUUAUCAAUAGCGAAAAGGAGAAGGAAGCGAUCGGCUGCUCGGCGGACAGCCACAUCGCUUCGAGAACAAUCGAGAGCGUCGGCUGAGCCUCUCGCUAAUCACGAGGGCUUUUUAAUUCACAAGCGAAUGAGCGGGAUAGAGAAGCCGAGUCAACUUUCAAUUUCCGUGAAUUUUUCAUUCUCUUUCUCUCUCAACGGCGACCGCGUAUAUAUAAUAUAGCGAGUAUAAGCACAUCACCGUAGAGGCAAUCUAUUAACCGUCUUGUGAUCCGCUCAGCAUGUUCAUCCUCAUCUAUAUUAUAUCCAAAAGUAACAAAAUAUUCUAGAUGAAAAAAAAAGGAACAGGAAAAAUCAACCACGAAGAUACUUUCGACGCUCUCUAUCGAUUGUCCUCGUAUCGAAUCUUCUCUUAUUUCCCGUAUAAAAAUACUCGAGCCCUGCAAUUUGAGUGCUACCACGCUUAUGCGCGCUCUUUCACGCGAGUUUCAUCAACGUAUCCUUUUAUUUUUCGCUUGUUUUCGCGACCAUCAUCCGCGAACGAUGCAUGCGAAUCGCUGUGUGUUGACUCGCGCGAGAGAACCGCAACGAGCGCGGAUAAAUUAUGUACAUUCAAUCGCCCGUCGUGCGCAUACGUCAAGUAUUAAAUGAAUAAAUAAUUGUCUCGCGAAAUACUUUUUCGUAUCUCACUUCAUAAGCUAUUUAUAACUGUAGUACGCAUCGAGGGGCAAAUAUCGAACACGAGUCGUCGACGAGGCGAGAAAAGAUUUUUACAAAAAAAAAAAAAAUAAUGAUAAUAAUCGUUUUCGAAUCGCCGGCGACUCCUUUACAUGUGUAAUAAUAUUAAAAUAAAAUAAUCAUUUUGGUGAAAAGCUAGGAAAAAAGCAAGUUGCGUUCGACGCGUUGCUCGUGAACGCGUUUUCGAACGCCACUUGUCUUUUUUUCGAUAUCUGGGGAAUGUGUGUAUAUAUUAUCGAUUAUAGGAUUACUUGUAUAUGUAUUCGGCACGUCAUUAGAAUUAUAACCCGAUUUAGAACUAUAUCUUUACUUCGCGCUUAUCGUACACGCAGAGACUGAAAAAUGAUGUAUCGAUGUAAGUUUUCAAAUGGAGCGGAGAGAUUCGAUUCUCUAUAGCAAACUUUAUCGUCGUGUAUCGAAGUCAUUGUAAUGAUUUUUUUGAUCGAUUGAAUUUUUAUAUAUUAUUUGUUUGAAAAUAUCAUGUAUCAAAUUGCAUUGUAAUAAAAUGUCAAAAAAAAAGUAUAUAAAAAAUGUCGAGAUUUGAUACAAUACAUUAUAUCAUAACGUACCAAAUAAAAACUUUACGUUAUUUGUA